AUGCCGGCCGCAGCGGCAAUGGUGUCGGUGUCGAGCGAGCCGUCGUACUACGACGGCCAGAAGAAGAGCUCGAAGUUCCUGACGCAAUUCGCGCGUCGGUUACGCAUCGGCAAGAGUUCCAAGGCGAAGGUUUUGCCUCCUGGAACGAACGGACUUAUCGAGAUGGACUCCGAGGAGGAUCGGCACGGUGAAUCGGAAGAGAUCGUGAUACAGCGCCAUGCCGCUACACCAGAUGAAGCGUUGACGGGUGGUAGUUCCGGUGCCGAGUCCUCCACCAUGGUACUACUGGUCCCGGGUGCAUCCGUGGUGACUACGGCACCUCCGUUUAAGCGUGGCAACUCGUUUCGCCAGAGUUUGAGCUAUUUGCUGAAGCGAACACGGCCCAAACUCGCGGAACGAUCCUGCACCAGUGAUAGUGAUGUGGUGCAUGAGCUAGACGAGGAUAUGGCCAAGUUGCGAUCCACCAAACGGCCCUUACUGGAUGCGUUUCUACCGGAGCAAGUACCCACCAAACGCCACAGCACCGGAGACAUCUUCAACGAGGAUCUGGACGCUGGUACGCGUGCUCUGGAGCUGCGUGUUCCCACAGGAUGUCAUCGGCGGGUACACUCGGACUUUACGAGCUACCGACUCACGGGAAAGGCGAACUCCAAAAUGAUGACGACGACGACGUCCGGGCAACCCAAAUCCACCAACAGCGUUGGACUAGGAACCCGGCCAUUACCGCUGUCCUCCACGAUAGAACCCCUCAGUAGCGUGGAUACCCCCGGACAGCCGGAGGGUGCGACCCACCUAAAUGUACUCUCACGCAGCCCUAGUCAUUCGACGGCCAAGAGCGAACCCAAAUCGCUCAAAUCGCUGUCACCCUCAGCGCGAUCGUCCACCAUUCGCAGCUCUAGUCCUCAUCCGCUGAAGUCCUUCAGCAGCACACGUGACACCGUCGACAAGCCGGAGAAACACCACAAGAAGAAGGAAGGUGGCAUGUCAUGGGAGCAGAAGAAGUUUGCCCAACACUUCGCCCAGGUUCCCGACGACGAGAUCGUGCUAGAUUACUUUUCCUGCGCGCUCGUUGGUGACAUACUGCUGCAGGGAUAUCUGUACAUCACGCAGAACUACUUCGCCUUCUACUCGAAUGUGUUCGGCUAUGUGACGAAGUUGCUCAUCCCGACCGUGUCCGUGUUGGAUAUAUCCCGCGAAAAAACAGCCUACAUGUUCCCGAAUGCGGUCGGUGUAAAAACACGCGAUGACCGGCACGUGUUCGGUAGCUUCCUGAGCCGUGAAGCAGCCUACUAUCUGAUGUGCAGCGUGUGGGAACGAGCGACCACACCGCAUAGUGAUUCCUUCUCCAGCAUUCAGCACUCCCGGUUGGCGACGUUACACGCCGAAGGCUCGGAAGGCUCGCUGGAUGAGGACAGUAGCUGUUACGACGGUAACGAGAGCUCGUUUCACGGGAAGAAUGACCUUCCGGACAUGCUGGAUUCGGGCGAUUCGCACGAGAAACAGCUGAACACCACCGAGGGCGCUGGCACCAACCAAUCCUCCGACGAUUCCACCGCGCUGCAGAAGCAAAAGAAACUUAAAAAGGAACUGCUGCUCAAAUCGCCCGCCAUCGUGAAAAGUCCGGCCAUCCUGAAAGUGCCCGGUGCGCUGGAGGGGCUAAAGGGCGACAAAUCGAUCCCCCAUCUCGGGAGUUCGCUAGCAUCCGGACUGAUCGGUGAUGGAGGCGUAGGCCGCACCAUGUACACCGACGGUCCCCGCCGAAGCAGGCUGUCCGUGAUGAAGCAAAAGCUUCGGCAUCUUUUUUCCUCCGAUUUUGGUAUUAUACUCAUAGGGUUAAUAUUGGCGGUCCUGCUGACGCUGUGGUCCUGCUUUCUGGCCUACGAGAUACACGCCGUUCAGGCUCGACUUUCUGCGCCACCCAUUCGAUUGGGCGACGAUACGGACUUCUAUCUCGAUGUGCUCCGGUGGCAAAAGCGACUGCACAGCAAAAGCAAAGAAGAGGCCCAGAUCGUGCUGAGCUCGAACCUAGAACAGAUCAUCCGGGUGCGCAAAAGCCUCGAAACGCUCUCGCUCCUUAUCCAGGACUCAGCCUCGGCUGCGGAGGGAAGCGGUGGCACGAUGGGCGAGCUGGAGGAGAGUGAAAACCUCGAUCAGCAGUACUUCCACGAGGACGCCACAUAGCAAGGACGGCGCCAGGACGAACGGACGCCAUCGGAGAGAGAGAAACAGACAGACGGAGGGCGGGGGCGGUGUGAUGCUGCCGGCGGCAGAAGAAGGGCCGCCCUGCGAACCUGCGCCCUCGCGCGCGCAUCAGUGUGUUACGGGGGUUGGGUUGGGCGAAUGCGUCGCUGUGAGCGUAUGUGUGAUUUUGUACCAUUAGCCGAAGUCGUUUCGUUGUUGAACUUUAAUUUAUUUUGAACACUUUCUGGCGACGAUUAGUUUUGAUAGUUAAUUUAAUAGCGGACGGGACGACGGACAAAGCCCGUGCGGAACGGGCCAGGC